AACCUCUGCCAGUCCGGCGCUAAGUUAAAGGCCGGGACGGUGCGGUCUGCGCGCACUCCUGGAGGCGGGGUGCGCAGGCAGGAGCCCGAGCCUGCAGCCGCGGCCGGGCAGACGAUGACUUGCUACCGGGGCUUCCUGCUGGGCAGCUGUUGUCGCGUGGCGGGCGGCCGGGCGGCGCUGCGUGGGUCAGGCGCGGGAGGCCCUGCCGCGCGGCCCCGGCUUGGCGGUGACGGCGACCGGAGGCACCUAGGGCACGGGCAGCCGCGCGAGCUGGCGGGCUGUGGCAGCCGUCCGGAAGGCGGCUUCCGCCCCUCGCGGGUGGUGGUGGUGGCCAAAACCACCCGGUACGAGUUCGAGCAGCAGCGGUACCGCUACGCGGAGCUCUCGGAAGAGGACCUGAAGCAGCUGCUUGCAUUGAAAGGCUCUAGCUACAGUGGACUACUUGAACGACAUCAUAUUCACACCAAAAAUGUAGAACAUAUUAUAGAUAGUUUACGGAAAGAAGGAAUUGAGGUUCGUCUGGUAAAGAGGAGAGAAUAUGAUGAAGAGACUGUUCGGUGGGCAGAUGCAGUCAUAGCUGCAGGAGGUGAUGGCACAAUGCUUCUGGCAGCAAGUAGAGUCUUGGAUAGACUGAAACCAGUUAUAGGGGUAAACACUGAUCCAGAACGGUCAGAGGGUCACUUAUGUCUGCCUGUUCGAUAUACACAUUCCUUCCCAGAAGCCUUACAGAAGUUCUAUCGUGGUGAGUUCAGGUGGUUAUGGAGGCAGCGUAUCAGGUUAUACCUUGAAGGGACUGGCAUAAACCCCAUUCCUGUGGAUCUUCAUGAACAGCAACUAAGUCUGAAUCAGCAUAGCAGAGCCUUCAACAUUGAAAGAGUUGAUGAUGAAAGGUCGGAGACUUCAGGACCCCAACUUUUGCCAGUGAGAGCUCUAAAUGAAGUCUUUAUUGGGGAGAGUCUAUCAUCCAGGGCAUCCUACUACGAAAUUUCAGUUGAUGAUGGCCCGUGGGAAAAACAGAAGAGCUCAGGGCUCAAUUUGUGUACUGGAACGGGAUCCAAGGCCUGGUCAUUCAAUAUUAACAGGGUUGCAACUCAGGCUGUGGAAGAUGUUUUAAAUAUUGCAAAACGACAAGGAAAUUUGAAUCUUCCAUUAAACAGAGAAUUGGUAGAGAAAGUAACAAAUGAAUAUAAUGAAUCACUGCUGUACAGUCCAGAAGAACCAAAAAUACUUUUCAGUAUUCGAGAACCAAUAGCAAACAGAGUUUUCUCAAGCAGUCGUCAGCGUUGUUUCUCCUCAAAGGUUUGUGUUCGUUCUCGUUGUUGGGAUGCCUGUAUGGUUGUGGAUGGAGGAACUUCUUUUGAAUUUAAUGAUGGAGCAAUUGCUUCAAUGAUGAUCAAUAAAGAAGAUGAGCUUCGAACUGUGCUACUAGAACAGUGAAGGAUUUCCUCAGAUUGCAAAUUUUGAUUACUGGAAAAAUAUUUUUACUGUGGAAACAGAUCAUCAGCCAUAAAGCUACACUGUUUUUUUGUUUUGGUGGUUAUUAGGACUGGUUGCUCCUGGGCUCAAAGGUGACAAAGAAAGUGAGAUAAUAAUCUUCUAUUGGAUUCUGAUAGAAAAAAAAGAUAUUCAUUCUGUGAGAAAAAUGAACUAAAUGUAUUAGAAUUGAUAAUAGUAAAUUUCUCUACUAUUUACAAUUGUUAACCAAGAGCGUUGGUAUCUUUUCAAAUUUAGAGAGGCAGGCUUAAAUAAAGGAUUCAACGUUUAGGAUUUAAAAAUUUAACUGUACAAGUUAAAUUUGACUGUAUGUGUGGUAGUUUUUUGGGUUGUUUUUUUUUUUUUGCUUCCCUCUCCUUUUGUGGAAUAUUUUUUUAUAGUACCUGUCAAAUUUUUUAAAAUUUUUGAUGAUGGGGAAUUUUGUUAAGUCUUGACAUUCACCUAAUUGAAGUAGGUUAAUGUGUUUUUUAAUAUGUGCUAAGAAUUUUCUAAUUCUAGGACACAAUGAAGUGGUGACUUUUGAUUUAAAAAUUUAAAUCACUUUUGAAAUUGCAGAUACUUCCAUUUGAUGUUCCUUCUAGUUAAUUUCAACAAUACUGGGUGGAAUACACCAAUGGGACAAAGUCAUGAUGCUGUUAAAAAUGUUGUAAUUAUCCAGUACCUAUUUUGGGUCAAUUUUUAAAAAAUGAUUUGAGUCCAAUAGGUGUUUUCCAUCUUUAAAACUCUCUAACAUGGAUUCAGGAACUAAAAGUAAGAACUGAUGGGACAUCUUCUAUUAGGAGACAUUUUCUUUUGGUAUUAUCUUUAACAAAUAUUUUCAUCUAGUGUUAAUAUUGUCAGAGGAUGGAUUAAUAAACAAAUAUGUCUUUGCUUUUCAAAAGCAAGGGCUGUAGCUCAGUAUUGAGGUUUUCACUUAUUUUCAAAUUUUGCAUAAUAGCUUUGUAGGAUAAAAUGCCGUGGCUUUUCCCCCCAUUAUGAGAACUCCUUUAUUUUUGGAGGAAAUUAUUUUAUUCUUUAACCCUAGAAUUUUCACAGAAUGCUCUUACUGCUGCAAGAUGAAGUGGUAUUAUCAUGCCAUUUAUUCAGUUGUAUAUUUUUUUCACUUGAUGGUGAAAACAGUUGUCAUUGAUAAAUAUUUAUGAACCUCACCGUGUCAUCUAUUCUGUGUCAGGUGCUUGAUCUACAUUAAUGAAUGAGAGAGAGUCCAUAGUAUUUGAGACUAGUGACCUCAGAAGUAAAAAUUCCGUGAAAGCUAAGAUAUGUAGUCAAAUGAGUGCUCUUAGUUUUGCCAAUGAUUAACAUGUUACUUUUAUCCAUACUUUUAAAAAUGUUAAUGUACAACAGUGGUCUAGGUGUUGAUGUAUAAUGGAGAAGAAUCUGUUUUUCUCUUAAUUAAGAGUACCUGCGUAGACUGUUAGAGCAAAUUUAUUGAUACAUCAGAUGGAAAUAAAAUAAAGAUCAGUUUUCCCAGAGCUGGAUCUGAUUUUUUUUUCAAAAAAUGAUAUAUAUAAGAAAGAAGUUAAAUUCCAUACUAUGGAUUAACCACUCUAACAGGUUUUAAAUACUUUCUUGAAAAAAAUGUCAACUCUGCCUUUAAUAUUGGAAGGAAAUCUGAUUAUUCACAUGUUACCAUAGAUGUUAAUAUGUAACAUUAAUAGGCAACGUAUUGUGUGAAAUUGUUCAUAUGCCAUAUUUUUAAAGGUUUUAAGAAUACUUACUCUGCUCCAUUUGCAAUAUAACUUCUGCUCCAUGGUGGGAAUUCAUUUCUGAGAGAUGAGUGGCAAAAGAUGUUAGAAUAACAGAUGUUUUUAUGAAUGAGUUAACUGUUUAAUGGCAACUACAUGUGAAUAAAAUUAAACCUUUGUUA